AGAAGAAGAAGAAGCCACCAGCAGCGUGGUGGAGCCAUGACGCGCAGGAGGCUGCUGUGCGCAACAAAGGAGGGCAGACUGAGGAUCCACGUCGUGGAUGUUUACAACUGACACCUGGAAGGAAAUGUCCGUGCGUAAAAGCAGUGCUCCGAGGCAAAGUGCAAGUCGAGCGGGGUGUCCCACGAUGAGAUCUGGGCCGUAGAUGCGCCGUCGACUCGCUGCUAUUUCCACCGGACAUGCCUGCACUUUUGGAGCGUGCGGGUAAAAGCUCCGGCAACGGUUACGCGCAAACACGUGUCGCCCCACUGAGCCGUGACUGCGCGUCGCCGUGGGCCCGAGCGCGGAGUCGCGGCGGUGUGGGCUGCGCGGCGUGUGCGCUGGUGUUGGCCGCGCUGCUGAGGUGCGCACACUGGAGCUGUGAGCGCGCACUCCCGCAGUCGUGCGCUCGCCCCCACUCGCUCGCAGGGUGCCUCGCCGAGCUGCUGCUCGCUUGCUGGGCUGCGCUCUCGCCCUUCCUCGCCCUCCUGUGCGCCUUCUUCUGGCUCGGCGUCUACUUGAUCCGCUGCGGGGUGCUGCUCCAGACCGCGCUCUCGCUCCUGACCGUGUGCCACCUGGCCGAAGCGGCGACUUGGAGCCUCCUGGGCGGACCGCAUGAGGCUGCGGCCGUGCUGGUGCUGGUGUGCCUGGGCAGCGGCGCUCUGAUGGUCGCGCGUCUGGACCAAGGCGCGUCUGUGGUCGUGGUCAUCAGCAUCGUGCGCACCAUCUCCCUCUUCUCGCUGCACAAGGUCCGCUCCGCUUGGAGGCCCUACGUGGCGUACCUGCUCGGCGUGGUGGGCAUCCUGCUGGCGAGGUAUGCUGACAGGCUCCUCGCCGGCCCAGGGAGACUCGAGGAGGGCUGCACCCCCGCGACUGGAGCCAGGGAAGACGGCCCCGCAUUUAAAAGGCGCAGGAGGUCCAGUUUGGGGGUAGCCUCAGACAUGGCGCACAGUCAGUCCAACAGCAAGUCACAUCGCAGGACUUCUCUGCCAUGCAUCCAGAGGGACCAGAUGCUGCCCCGCUCAGACUGGGACCACAAGAGAGGCUCCCGAGGUUCACAGUCAUCGGGCACCAGUGUCAUGGUGGACAUAGCCGUGAUGGGAGAAGCCCACGGCCUCGUUACGGACCUGCUGGCCGAGCCCUCUCUGCCCUCCAACAUCUGCACCUCGCUGCGGGCGGUCAGCAACCUGCUGACCACGCAGCUCACCUUCCAGCCCUUGCACCGGCCACGUCCUGCUCUUCUGCUAAACCCCUCUGACGCCUACGUCUGCUCCGACUCAGAGGACGGACCCGAGAAGGGGGAGAAGACCUCCAUCCAUAAGCGUCUGAGGCGGAGUCUCCAUCCGGGCCUCCUGAGAAGAAUCUCCUCCACGUGGACAACCACCACCUCCGCCACAGGACUGCCCACCAUCGAGCAGGGGCCCGUUUGCAGGGACCGCAGCGCCAGCAUCAAACCCUACCACGAAACACUGACCUGCAGUUGUGGAAGACCGUACAUCCGACUGAGCCAUGGAGAGGGCUCCCUAGAUAAGGGAGACAGGAUACCACGUUCAGAAGACCAAGUGCUGGUGUCAUCAGACUACGACAGUACCCACGAAGCCAACCACAGUGACAGCAGUGAUGUAGCACAUACCGAGGACGACGCGGAGGAAGGAAAACACUCCUCCCAGAAUGUCAUCCUCCACCCGCUAAUACCUCCUGAGGACAAACCUAUUCUGGCUCCAGAGCCGCUAUUAAUGGAAGAUUUAGAGCCCAUGAUGAGUCAGCUAAACAAUUGGAACUUUCCCAUCUUCUGCUUGAUGGAGAAGACUAGCGGCAAAUAUGGACGGAUCCUCAGUCAGGUCUCUUACAGGCUUUUUGAGGAUACUGGUUUGUUUAAGACCUUCAAGAUCCCCAUUAACGAAUUCAUGAACUACUUCCAUGCCCUUGAGAAUGGUUACAAAGACAUACCAUAUCAUAACAGGGUGCACGCCACAGAUGUGCUCCAUGCAGUCUGGUACCUCACAACACAGCCGGUUCCAGGUCUGCCCAGUCUCCUUACUGACCACAGCUCUGCUAGUGACUCAGACUCUGACAGUGGAAUAACUCACAGUCAUAUGGGCUUCCUGGUAUCAAAGACGUACAGCGUGUUAGAGGACGGCUAUGGCUGCCUGUCCGGCCUCAUACCAGCCCUGGAGCUCAUGGCGCUCUACGUGGCGGCCGCCAUGCACGACUACGACCAUCCUGGGAGGACCAACGCCUUCCUUGUGGCUACCAGCGCCCCACAGGCGGUGCUCUACAACGACCGUUCAGUUCUAGAAAACCACCACGCUGCCUCCGCCUGGAAUCUCUUCCUGUCCCGGCCGGAGUUCAACUUCCUCGCCAACUUGGACCACGUGGAGUUCAAGCGUUUCCGUUUCCUGGUCAUCGAGGCCAUCCUGGCCACCGAUUUGAAGAAGCACUUUGAUUUUCUUGCAGAGUUCAAUGCUAAGGUGGGAGAUGAUCCAUCUACAGGUAUUGAUUGGUCCAAUGAGAAUGACAGGUUGCUGGUCUGCCAGAUGUGCAUCAAGCUGGCUGACAUAAACGGGCCCCUAAAGUGUAAAGACCUGCAUUUACAAUGGACAGAGGGCAUUGUCAAUGAGUUCUAUGAACAGGGCGAUGAAGAGUCCAGUUUGGGUCUUCCCGUCAGCCCCUUCAUGGACCGAGCCGCACCACAGUUGGCCAAACUCCAGGAGUCAUUCAUCACACACAUUGUGGGACCUCUGUGCAACUCUUACGACUCUGCUUGCCUCAUGCCGGGACGAUGGGUGGAACCCACGACGGAUGCAGAGGAGCCUGAAAGCACAGAGAAUGAGGAAGAGGAGGAGGAGGAGGAGGAAGACACAUCCACCAGCUCAGAGUCAUCACAGAAAGCAGCCCCCAAGAAAAGGAGGAAAGUAUUCUGCCAGAUCACCCAUCAUCUGCUGGAGAACCAUGAGAUGUGGAAGAAAGUGAUCGCCGAGGAGGCACAGAAGCAGGGCCAAGGAACUGAGUCAGUCCACGUGAACAAUGUAGCAGAGCCCAUUUUGGCUAUCCAUGAGGAGGAAGAGGAGCCGGGCAGCAGAGAGGAGCUGGUGGAAGGGGAGGACCCCGAGGAGUCGGUCGAGGAGCCGGAGUGGCCCGUGUCCCCGCAGGAUGUGGACGGAGAGUGAACGGGACACACCGUGUGAGUCAGGACUAGGACUUGUAUUUCUCGUUUUCUUAUACUAUUUACUGACUUUUUUUUUUUUUUGCCAGCACAUCACUUUAGACACAACACUGUAGAUGAGGAAAUGUGUGCCUACAAAGAAUUUAAAAAAAAAAAAAACAACAAGAAAAAAAAUAAAAACAGGGUGGGAAAUUUUGUGCUAUACACAUUUUAUCUAAAUAUUUGAUUUCACCAAACAUUUAAAGGAGCUUUCCAUCUUGCAAUAUGAGAUUAUGCAUGUCCUUUGGCGUACAGACUCUUUUGCUACUGUCCAGAGAAGAGGCAGACCUCCACCACAGUGUGGUGACGCGGGACUGAGGGAAUUUGCUGCCAAUUUAUAUAUAUAAAUAUUUUCCGAAUGCAAUUAUCCAUGGACAUGUGAGUUACUUGUGCUUCGAUUCCAGCGGGAGAUUUUGGAGUAAAAUGGACAUUUAUGGAAUACCUAAAGAAAGGAGUAAAUCCAACGAGGAA